UUUUUUUGAUGAGCCUUUCCCAUGAUGCACCGGGAAAAAAAGACGUAAGCCGGCGCGGAUAUUCAAAACUAUGGCAGAAGACUCGAGCAUAUUAAAACUAAUAUCAAACUCCGAGGACACGGAAAAUGUCUCCACUGAUAAAAGCGGAGACCUCGGGAUAAAGAGGCGCAUUUCCUUCUCCUCGGAAAAGGAUAUUAGCAUAGCGGAGGAACCGAAGACACCGCCUGAGGUCCAAGCUGUAUCCGACGACCCAAACUCAAGUCGUGUUUCCCCGGAAAUCAGCAAACAACGUUCCCCAAGGCCCGUAAACACACAUUUAAAGGGUAAACAUGCUGUAAAAUUAAAAGAGGACUCUUCUAGACAGCACUACGUGAACGACACUGACGAUAAGGAAAACACCGCUAAACCCUCCGCUCAAAAUAACACAGAGGAGGACAACGCUUCUUGUCAGGGAGGUUUUAAACAUAUUAAAGUGACUGCCAGUAUACAAGGUGAUGCAGAGGACAGAGAUGCCGAGGUGGUGAGGAGGGCACAGGAGGAAGGCUGCGUGAACGUGGUCUUCCCGGGGACUGUAACUCAGGAAGGCUGCUGUCGUUUUGUCAGCGAGAUCCUCAAGUGCAUCCUCUAUCAAAGACAGCAACUCCCCAUGACGUACGACCAGUUGGUAUACUCCCAGAGGAAGCAGCAGGCGUCGGUGCAGGACAAAGACGUAGUGAAUCGAAGACCGGUGCAUUCUGCGGACAUGGAUUGGCGCAAGUGUCAGCAGACCCUUCAGGAGCUGGAGGAGGUGCUGCAGCAGCUGGAGGUGCUGUUCUCUCUCAGCAGGGUGCCCCGCGUGCUGCUGUUAAUGGGUGGCUCACUUGUCCUCCCCAAAGAGCUGUACGAGAUAAACAUGGAGUCCCUGGCAUCAUCCGGUGGGAAUCAGUGUCUACCGGUGUCAUCGUGCUUGAGGCAGAUCUUCCGCACACUGUUUGUGGCUGACCUUUUGUCUGACGCCAGACCUGUUCGUUUAAUGCCCACCACAGUCUUGGUGCUGGCUCACAGGGACUGCGGUGUAGGCUGGUUUCGACCCAAACUCCAAUUUAAAGUCCCAACUCGUGUAAAGAAACAAAUCAUCGUUCUGUCUAGCGAUCCAAACGUCUGCAAGGAACCAAGGGCAGAGGGGUCAGACUGGGAGGAUUAUGUGUGGUUUCAGGCACCCGUGACUAUUAAGGGCUUCAGUAACUGACCCUAAAAGUUGGACAGUCUUUAGAGUGUAGCACUUUCUUUCUGGUGCUUGUGUAUUACAAUAAAUGUUAACAGCAAUCCAAGGGAACUUUAAACAUUUUUGUUUUUUUAUUAAGAUGUACAUAUUUUAAUCAAUUUUGACUUGUUCUUUUGUUUCAGAGUAUGUCCAUUCAAACAAUAGUGAAAUAAACAGCAUGGUGUGCUACCCUUUUCUUUUACAAAUUAUCGUUUAAAAGAAUGUUUGUCCUCAUUUAACACAGAGCAAUACACACACACUGUUAGUGCAAUACAUUUUUAAUGACCAA